UAGUGUCACUCUGCUUUUAAGGCGCUGUGGGUUGUCCUCUUUCUGUGGCGUCUACACGUAUGCUUCUUUGCGUAUCCAACCCGCUGAGCUUUACGACGCCCUCCGUGGAAGGAUUUAAUGUCACAGCCGUCGUGGAAUAACUUUCCUGCACGUUGUUUUUUAGCAUCUUCUUUCGCCCACUGUGUAAAAUCUGAAAGCUUCAUUAUAAGGAUUGCCCACUUACAGAAAUCAUGCCGCUGUAUUCAGCUUUGGCGAGUAAGAACUACGAUUACGAGUACGACUCCCUGCAGCCCUUUUUCUACUACGAUAACGAGGAGGAGGACUUCUAUCCGGAGCAGCCGCAGCCUCCGGCGCCGAGCGAGGACAUCUGGAAAAAAUUCGAGCUUCUGCCGACCCCUCCCCUCUCCCCGAGCCGCCGGUCGUCUCUGUCCAGCCUCUUCCCCUCCACCGCCGACCAGCUGGAGAUGGUCACAGAGUUCCUCGGCGACGACGUGGUCAACCAGAGCAUCAUCUGCGACUCAGAUUACUCUCAGACCUUCCUCAAGUCCAUCAUUAUCCAGGACUGCAUGUGGAGCGGGUUCUCUGCGGCGGCCAAACUGAAGAAGGUGGUGUCCGAGCGGCUGGCUUCUCUGCACGCUGCAAGGAAGGACGCUGCAGCCGCUGCAGCGGCGGAUCCGACCGGUGCUGCUGGGUGGAGACCGAACAGCAGCUACCUGCAGGAUUUGAACACAUCCGCGUCGGAGUGCAUCGAUCCCUCAGUAGUUUUCCCCUACCCGGUGGCGGAGACGCCCAAGCAGACCGCGGGGACGGUGGGCAGGAAGGACCUGGGGCUGGACACGCCGCCCAACAGCAGCAGCAGCUGUAGUGACUCAGAUGAUGAAGCAGAUGAGGAUGAUGAUGAGGAGGAGGAGGAAGAAGAAGAAGAAGAAGAUGAGGAGGAAAUUGAUGUGGUAACAGUGGAGAAAAGGCACGCAGUGAAACGCUGUGACCCCAGCCCAGUGGAGAUCAGGCAUGCAAGUCCACUAGUCCUGAAGAGGUGCCACGUCUCCACUCACCAGCACAAUUACGCCGCCCAUCCAUCCAUGAGGCACGAGCAGCCGGCUGUCAAGAGGCUGAAGCUGGAGAGCAGCAGCAGCAGCAGCAUCACUGGAGGAGGAGGAGGAGCUGCUGUCACCUCCAGCAGGGUCCUCAAACAGAUCAGCAGCAACCGCAAGUGUUCGAGCCCACGAACAUCUGACACCGAGGACUACGACAAGAGAAGGACUCACAACGUGCUGGAGCGCCAGAGGAGGAACGAGCUCAAGCUGAGCUUCUUCGCCCUGCGAGACGAGAUCCCAGAGGUGGCGAACAACGAGAAGGCGGCCAAGGUGGUGAUCUUGAAGAAGGCAACAGAGUGCAUUUACAGCAUGCAAUCAGAUGAACAGAGACUGCUUUCACUCAAGGAGCAGCUAAGGAGGAAAAGUGAACUUUUAAAGCAGAGACUUGCACAGCUACAGGGUUCUCGUGUUUAAAGGAUUCAAUUUAAGACUUUUUUUAGUUUGUUUUUUUUGAUGAAAGUUAAAGACUUGAUGUACAGUUGUUGCAUGCAGAUGUUCAAUGGGUUGAAUUGUUUGGAAUCUUUGAUUUUCCAAGUUUAAACUGCCUCAGCUGAAGUUAUGGUUGGAUAAAAUAUUUAAAAGUUUAUUUUAUUAAUAAAAUGUUUAAAAGGGGUCUGCCCUCUUCAGGGAUGGCUCCGAAUAAAAUAUACAUUUUUAUGUUUUUGUAAAUAGUUAAUAUUUCCUAAGAAAAUGUAUUUUUCAAUAGUGAACGUCUGGAUGUCCAGGCUCACCUUCUGUUUUUUUUUUUGCAAUAUGUUGUUGGAUCUUU